CGUGGUGUGGAAGUAGUUCCGGCGGGGCGGGGUCACGGCCUCGGUCCGCGGCGGCCUGGGCGCGAAGUUCAGUUCGGCGGCUCGGGACGGGAGUGGGGCUGCGCCGGGAGUGGGGCUGCGCCGCGAUGUGGGCCCGGAGGAACCGAGCGGCCCGGGACUUUUACACCCGCCUUCUGCAGGAAUUUAAUGAGGAAAAGAAAGGAAGCCGUAAAGACCCAUUGAUCUAUGAGGCUGAUGUCCAAGUGCAAUUGAUCAGCAAAGGUCAACCAAAUCCUCUGAAAAACAUUCUAAAUGAAAAUGAGCUAGUAUUCAUUGUGGAAAAAGUGCCUUUAGAAAAGGAAGAAACAAGCAAUAUUGAAGAACCACAAUCUGAAGAAACAGUUAUUUCUGAUUUUUCUACUGGUGAGAAUGCGGGGCCCCUUGCUUUACCAGUUGGCAGAGCAAGGCAGUUAAUUGGUCUGUAUACCAUGGCUCACAACCCUAACAUGACCCAUUUGAAUAUGAGUCAGCCAGUUACUGCCCUUCCACCUCUUUGGAUAAGAUGUGACAGUUCAGAUCCCGAAGGGACCUGUUGGCUAGGAGCUGAGCUUACCACUGCAAAUGACAGCAUUACAGGAAUUGUCUUAUAUGUGGUCAGUUGUAAAGCUGAUAAAGUUUACUCUGUAACUCUGGAAAGUCUAAAACAUUCACACAAGAAAAGACAUCACUUAUCUACUGUAACAGCUGGGGGCUUUGCACAGUAUGAGCUCUUUAAGUCCUCUGUCUUGGGUGAUACCAUCAUCCCAUCGCAAACUAUGAUCACUUUGGAUAUUUCCUGGAGUCCUGUGGAUGAAAUUCUUCAAGUCCCUCCACUCUCUUCAACUGCAACCCUGAAUAUCAAAGUGGAAUCGGGAGAACUCAGAGGUUGUUUGAACCAUCUUCACAGAGAACUAAAAUUUCUCCUUGUUCUGGCAGAAGGUGUGAGAAACGGUGUGACGGAAUGGCUUGAGCCUCUGGAAACCAAGUCUGCUGUUGAACUUGUGCAGGAACUUCUGGAUGACUUAAAUAAACUGGAUGGAUUUGGUGAUUCUGCAAAAAAGGACACAGAGACAGUGAAGCACGACAUAGCUGCUGUUGAUCGGUCUGUGCUUAUCACAGUGCGGGGUGAUCUGGAUUUUGCUGAACAACUUUGGUGCAAAAUGAGCAGCAGUGUGGUUUCAUACCAAGACCUGGUGAAGUGUUUCACACUGAUCAUCCAGAGUCUGCAGCGUGGGGACAUACAGCCCUGGCUCCACAGCGGGAGCAACAGCUGGCUGAGCAGGCUCAUCCACCAGUCUUACCACGGAGCCAUGGACACAGUCUCUCUCACAGGGACUACUCCACUUCAGAUGCUUUUGGAAAUUGGCCUGGACAAACUGAAAAAAGAUUACAUCAGUUUUUUCAUAGGUCAGGAACUUGCCUCUUUGAAUCAUUUGGAAUACUUCAUUUCCCCAUCAGUGGAUACAGAAGAACAAAUUCACCGUGUGCAGAAACUCCACCACAUUUUAGAAACCCUAGUUAGUUGCAUGCGGUUCAUUGAAUCUCAACAUGAGCUGCUCUUUUCUUUAACCCAAUCCUGCAUAAGAUAUUACAAACAAAAUCCUCUGGAUGAGCAACACAUUUUUCAGCUGCCAGUCAGACCAGCUGCUGUAAAAAAUUUAUACCAAAGUGAGAAGCCCCAGAAAUGGAGAGUGGAAAUAAGUAGUGGUCAAAAGAAGAUUAAAACAGUUUGGCAACUGAGUGACAGCUCACCUGUAGACCAUCUGAGUUUUCACAAACCUGAUUUUUCUGAACUAACGCUCAAUGGAAGCCUGGAAGAAAGGACCCCCUUCACUACCAUGGUUACCUGUAGCCAGGUGCAUUUCAAGUGAACCGUGCUCAAGGCUCCCCUAUCAGCACAAACCAAAACGGGGGGGUGGGGAAGAAAAAGUAAUUCUCACAGACUGUAAGCGGAUGUGGAGGCGGCGCUGGGGACGUCAGUGGUGGCGGGGGAGGAGGAGCAGGAGCAGCAGGGCAGCCAUGAGCACGCAGAGGACGCACACCGUGGGAACCACGAUCUCCGAGAGCAGGUGCAGGUGGCGGCGCAGAGGCUCUGAAACACAACAACGACCAUUGUAGGAGCUUCCUCAUGGGGCAACUGGACAAGUGGCACCACCACGUUUGCUGAACUCCGUCACAGGCUAUGAGAGGAAUCCUGUAAUGUCAAUGCCAACCUGAACAGUCCGAGCUCAGAGGCAGAAUGCUGCAAGGCAUGCACAAGGCCUUGGGUUAGAUCGCCAGGGCCGCCACAUCAAAACACGCCCAAGUUUAUGAAGUCAUUUAGAAAGUAUAGAAGACCCACAUCUUUUCUUCUCCGUGUAAAGCGAUGUGUGCCAGUAUUUAAGCCGCCUAUUAAUCGUAUUAAUCAAUAUUUGCUGCCUUAUUCCUUGUCCUUGUCAUGGGGCGGGGGAAGUUUUGACAGAAUACUCCUUGGAAAAUGUUCUCAACCUUCUGAAGACAUCACUGUGUGUUUUAAGUGGGGUUCAAGUUUCCUGUGGUAACCCC